UAUAUCUAUAUAUAUCAUAUAUAAACUAGCCCUUUCGCUCUCUCAGUUUCCUAGGGUUUCAUUAGUAGUGAAAAAGCAUCCGCCGCAGCGUGUAGCUCAGAGACGCAAUGGCGAGAAUCAAGGUCCACGAGUUGCGUCAAAAGACAAAGGCGGAGCUGCUCAACCAGCUGAAGGAUCUCAAGGCCGAGCUUGCCCUCCUCCGCGUCGCCAAGGUCACCGGUGGCGCACCCAACAAGCUCUCCAAGAUAAAGGUUGUGAGGCUGUCUAUUGCGCAGGUUUUGACUGUGAUUUCACAGAAGCAAAAGGGGGCUCUGAGAGAAGCUUACAAGAAGAAGAAGUACUUGCCACUCGAUCUGCGUCCCAAGAAGACUAGGGCCAUUAGGAGAAGGCUUACCAAGCGCCAGGCAUCAUUGAAGACUGAACGGGAGAAGAAGAAGGAGAUGUAUUUCCCCAUGAGGAAGUAUGCUAUCAAGGUGUAGGGUGUAGGGCCUUUAGUUUAUGAGAUCUUGCUACCUUGCUACCAUAAAUCCAUUUGGUUUGCAAAUUUUGCCAUUUGUUUACUUAAUCUUAAUUUCAUAUUGGUGGGACUUGAUCUUAUGUUUUUGUUUUGACAUUGUAAAACUUAAAAGUGAGAUUUUAGGCUAUUUGGUGUGUGAGUUAAAAGUAUGCAUUUAUAUCCUUCUUUCGUGAA